AUGGCUGAUCAGUCUCAUGACCUGGCUGAGGAUGUGAUUCAGUCUACGUCUAUCGAGGGUGAUCAUCCGAGCACUGGUGACACUAGCACGGGUCUGUCUGACGGUUCGGAAGACAUCUUUCCCAAUGAGAAUCAGCGAUGGGAAGAUGAGGACGUCCUGCUUUCCUCUGAUAAUAGUGCAUUUCUUGAGCCCGUGCAGGGUGGUCGUGUCAACAUGACCCCGAGUCGCAUCGGCCACAGGGCAGGUCAAGGCACUCUUGAGACUGUGUACAUAGGUAUGGCGUCAGGGCCGAUGGAAUUUGUGAUCGUCCUCGCCGUUCCUCCGCCGCCGACACAACCUGGUGAAAAUGUAAAUCGGACGAUCGCACACCAAUGCAUCGACUUUUACGUCAACAAUUCUCCGGAAGAUCUCCUUAGACUGCUGGCACCGCACUUUUCAUCCUUUGCCAAAGCGGAGAUGGCCAACCCUCCCGCCAAUCUGCAGGCUUAUAUGGAGCGCCAAUAUUGCUUCCGGCUCAUUCCCGAGGGCGGAGACACCGUCACAUUCGAACCAUACCCUGAAUUCUGCUUGAACCUAAACGGGGCCCCAGACAGGAUUGACUGGGACUCUUUGAAGGAUGAACUGGCGAAUGUCCCCACAUUUGAACUGUCCGAAAUCGAAGACUUUCGCGUAGGCUUCAACCGCGGCGUGUAUCAGGUCGCCAUCAAGGGGAAGAAUUUCCUAUAUAAACCGGCCAGCAACACUCAAUGUCUUGCCCGGGAAAUCUCGGUCCUGCAGAAGGUAGCCGGGUGUUCCCUCCGCGUUCCCAAGUUGGAAGGCGUUGUUAAUGUCAAUCAAAAGCAUUCCGGGAUGCUAUUGACAUUGAUCUCCAAUCGCUUUGGUCUUAGCUUUUGGCCGCAAAUCCAACCAGAAGUGAGCGUUGCCGAACGUCAGAAGUGGUAUGAUCAAAUAUCUGACAUCAUUCACGCUCUUCAUCAGAAUGAUUGUUGUUGGGGAGAUGCCAAGCCUGACAACGUGGUGAUCGACGAGAAUCUCGAUGCCUGGCUCGUUGAUUUCGAAGGCGGAACCACAGAUGGCUGGGUUGAUCCCGAGCUGGCGAAUACUGUAGCCGGGGAUCUACAGGGACUGGAGCGGAUUCGUGAGCAUUUAAAUCUAGAGGAAUGA